AUCAAGGUAGUGGCGAGCGUUGGGCGCGGGCGGAAGCAGUUUCGCGGUGCGUCGGGCUGGGAGCUGCUGGCGGCUCUCGACGGCCACCAUGAGGCACCUGCCGUACUUCUGCCGUGGGGAGGUAGUGAAGGGCUUCGGCAGAGGCUCCAAGGAGCUAGGCAUCCCCACUGCUAACUUUUCUGAGCAAGUAGUCGAAAGCUUCCCAUCUGAUAUCUCUACUGGUAUAUACUAUGGAUGGGCAUGUGUUGGAAAUGGAGAUGUGCAUAAAAUGGUUUUGAGCAUAGGAUGGAAUCCUUUCUACAAGAAUAUUAAGAAGUCAGUGGAAACACACAUAAUCCACACCUUUAAAGAAGACUUCUAUGGAGAAAUUCUUAGUAUAGUCAUCACUGGAUAUAUUCGGCCAGAGAAAAACUUUGAUUCCUUAGAGGCACUUAUUUCAGCAAUUCAGGAAGAUAUUGAAGAAGCAAAAAGACAGCUAGAUUUACCAGAACACCUUAAACUCAAAGAAGAUAACUUCUUUCGUCUACCAGAAGGCAAAAUAGUAAACAACCACUGAGGAAAUCCAUGUUGCUGCUUGUUUUUUAAC